GGGGUCACUUAAUAUCAUAAGUCACUCACACUUUUGACACCUGAAAUCAUUUUUACAAAAAGAGGGACGCAUCAAAUGGCCGUCACGAUGCAAUUGGAAAAUAUUGAAACCGCUCUUGUUUACGAGUAUUUAUUAUCGAAAGACACAUCUCUAGCAAAAGUUUUUGGAAGCAAAUUUAAAGUGCAAACCUUGUCAAAAGGAUCGCCAAAAUUGCGUGACAUUUUAUCAAAAUACCCGAAUGUUAACAAGAUUCAAGUGAACGCUACUAAUUCAAGUGAUGACUCAUCAGACGACAGUUCCGACGAAGAGGAAGUACCGAAGAAGUCGGUACCAGUAAAAAGUCCAGUGAAGCCAGUAGCGAAUGGUAAAUCUGCUGCAAAAAAAUCCAAAUCCUCAAGUGAUGACAGCAGUUCAGAUGAAGAAACACCACAGCCAAAAAAGCAGCCAGUUGUCGUACCAAAACCAGUUGCAACCAAACGGAAACAUGAAAGUGACGACAGCUCGUCGUCAGACGAUGAUGUACCCAAAAAAAAAUCGAUCGUAAAACCACCUCUAAAGAAGGCAAAACAAUCGAGCGAAAGCGAUGAUAGUUCCUCGGAAGAAGAAAAGAAACCAGCUCCGGUCGCUCAAAAACCAGCGGUUAAACAACCAGCAAAAAAAGCAGAAUCUUCGAGCGAAGAUAGUUCGUCUGAAGAAGAAACGAAAUCCACUCCGGUCGUGAAAAAGCCAGCUGUGAUUCCGAAGAAAGCUCAAUCUUCAAGCGACGACGAUUCGUCCGAUGAAGAAGCAUCAAAACCAACUUCACUUAUCAAGAAGCCAACUCCGGUCGUGAAAAAAGCAGACUCUUCUAGUGAUGACAGCUCGUCCGAGGAGGAGAAAACCGUCGUUCCAGUUGUGAAAAAACCAGCAAUUUCAACACCGAAAGUAAAGAAGGCAGAGUCUUCCAGCGACGAUAGUUCAUCUGAAGAAGAGAAAAAGCCAGCUCAGGUCAUCAAGAAAACAGCUCCAGUUACGAAGAAAGCAGAGUCUUCAAGCGACGACAGUUCUUCGGAGGAGGAGCAAAAACCAGCGCCGAUUGUGAAGAAACCGGUUCCUACUGCAAAGAAAGCAGAGUCUUCCAGCGACGAUAGUUCUUCAGAGGAAGAGCAAAAAGUAAGUCCGAAGAAACCCACGACUCCUGUGGCAAAAAAACCGGAAUCUUCGAGCGAAGAAGAUUCGUCAGAUGAUGACGAUAAGCCAGCUGCAAAGACUCCAGCCAAAACACCAUUGAAGACACCCACAAGAAAAGUGUCGAGUGAUGAUGAUAGCAGUUCCGAUGAAGACGACGAGCCUACAGUUAAAACUCCUGUAACAGUUAAGCCUUCAGCAAAGAAAGAAUCGAGUGACGACAGCUCGAGCGAGGACGAUGGCGAUGAUACAGUUCAACCGGUGGUCAAGAAGCCUGCACUCUACCCAAAUUUUGUUAAGUCAACAUCAACUCCGAACCAAUCCAAUGGUAAGCCCGAUACUCCAAAAAUGAAUGGUAACCAUAAACUGAAUAAGAGUGCUGGUAACACACCAUUUCGCCGUGUUCGGGACGAAGAAGUUGAAAUCGAUGAGCGUGUCAAAAAUAUGUCUUUUGAAGCCAAGAGCGGUGACGGACACAACAAAUCUGGACAAGAAAGUAGCCCAGUAAAGCGAGGCGGUCGCGGUGGAUUUGAUGGUUCUCGAGGAGGAAGAGGUGGUCGUGGUGGCUUCGAUAAUUCACGUGGACGAGGAGGUCGUGGCGGAUUCGAUGGCUCUCGUGGUAGAGGCAGUCGUGGUGGAUUGGGAUUCACUGGUUCCCGUGGCGGGAAUAAUAUGCGUGGCAGACAAAGCGGUGGCUUCCAAAAGUUUGGUAGUGGAAGUUCGACUAGUCGAGUCGGUGGCAGUACACCGAAUAAGAAAACUAAAUUCGAGGAUUAAGUUUAACAGUUGCAAGUGGAUGUAUUUUAGUUAUAUUUAAACCUACCUCAAGACUUUAAUUACAUUUUACUUAAGCUACUAAAAAUUGUACAAAUGACGUGAGAUGAAAGUUUUUAAGACUUUGUAGAAUGCAGAAAUUGUUCUGUUUGCUAACAAUUUUUUUUAAUUCAAAAAUUUCGUAGAAAAAUGCUCGUGGAUCAUUUGGUGAAAAGGCAAACAACGACCUGAAGCACACCCGAGGAAAACAGUUCAAACAUGAAAAGACAAAGAAAAAACGAGGCAGUUAUCGAGGUGGAGCAAUUGAUAUGCGCGUCAAUUCAAUCAAAUUCGAUGACUAACUUGUUUUAAGUUUUCAUUUAUUUUUUUUUUAUCAUUUUUAACUUUUUCAAUAUUUUUUAUUAAUAAAGUUGCGCAAGGAAUACACACAGAUAAAAUUAUGUGAAUGAGGAAUGAAUUUACAAAUG